UGUUGCGGGCCCACGAAAUUGGCGGGAAAUAAUAUUACGCUGUCGAAAAGGUGUUGUUUGGUUGUAAUUUAGUUUGGUUUCAGAUUUUAAGCGAAUUAUUUGAAAUAGAGUUUGCGAAAAUGGAUAAAUACUUAGUGCGUCAAAAGCACUUAAAAGAAAGGGUUAAGCCUCGUCGUAGGUUCAGUUGGAAGAGAAGUUUAGUUGAAGUUAAUGGAAAAUUUGAGCUGAAUUAUCGUCAUGAGAUGAUGAAUUUGCUUAUGCGUUCUUAUUCUGAGGUUGGAGUUUUUCCGCACUUGUAUCGAACAGAAAAUGGGGCGUUUUGUCACUCCAAUAUUAAUCGAAUUCUUAGUGAGGCAAGUGGGGAACGGCUUCCUCCGUUAAGAAGAAGGAAAGGUGUAUCCUCUGUAGACUUUGACAACAAGGGAAUAUACCUGGCGUCUGUCACAAAAGCAGGUUGCUUAACGGUUCAUGACUUUGAAGCUCUUUAUUGCCAGGCAAACAAAUUAACUCGUGUGCAGGAAGAUGAAAGCAAACUUCUACUGCAUCUCUCACCUGAUCAACAACUUGAUGUUGUCAAAUGGAAUCCUCUUAACCAGAAUGAGGUUCUUUGUGGAUCUUUGAAACGUAAUGGACUACUCAUAUUUGAUGUUGCAUAUAUGAUGUCAGAACCAAUUGAAGAGUUACGUACUAGACAUACCGCCACAGUUAAUGGAUCCAACAUUCCCAAAGGUCUAACUGAUGUUGCUUUUGCGUCAAAUGAAUCAAGGAUAUUUGGUUCUGAUACGCAUGGUACAAUUAAUGUUUGGGAUAGAAGAGCGAAGACUCUACCUUGCCUCGAACUAACAUCUGCUUCAUUUGGUACCCUUAACAGCAUCCAAUUAGAUGCAGAUAAUCAGAUUAUUUUUGGUGCUGGGAGACAUGGGAUUGUGUAUGUGUGGGAUAUUCGUGGUGGAAGAGCAACUUCUACAUUCCUAAGUCACAAAGAGAUUUGCCAUCCACCUGUAACAUCAGUGAAGUUGGCAACAUUACUAGAGAAGAUUGGAUCCUUGAAGGCACAAGCAGAAAUUGUUUCCAAGGAGAUCCACUCUAUUGGCCUUAAUCCUUCGUGUCCAAAUCAGUUAGCAUUCCAUCUAGAUGAUGGCUGGUCGGGCAUUUUGGAUAUUAACAAUUUUCAGGUUACACAUAUUCAUUGUCCACCCCCAGCUUGGUUAAAUGAUUCCUAUGUUUCUCAAGAUCAAAUGGAUUUAAGAAAACCUACAUGGUUAUCAACAUGUUCGAUCUAUUUGGCAGGGUCACCGUUUGAUCACGGCCUUCAUAUGUUAGAUUUCUACCCGAGUAUCAGCUCACCGAGUCACGUGGAUUACAAGGAGGAUAUACAAGAAUUUACCGGUCCAACCAAACAAAAGAAUCACAAUAGAUUCAUUCAUUUACCUGAAGAAGUUUUGUCAUGUGCUGCUCAUCCUUUGUACAAUGCCAUCGUAGCGGGAACAAAGGAAACGUCUUUGCUUGUGAUUUCCCAAAAACGUAAGUCAUGCAAAGGAGAAGAUUAGUCCCAAGCAUUUGACAGAUUUUUGUAUAGUAGCAAUAGCAAUUGGAAUGUCGUUUCUACAACCGAAUUUACGGGUCCUAAUAUCUAACUCCCUAGAAAUGCGCUUUUUUGGGAUUCUUUUCUUGUCCAAUAGUCGUAUCAAAUUUAAUUCAAAAUGGAAAAGAAAAAAAUAUGUUCAAAAUUGAGAGAAUCUAUAAGCAUUGAAGAUAUGAUUGCAAAGAAUUUGCUGUAUAAUUCUUCAGGUUAUUAUUGAUUGAAACAUCAUAAAGCAUAAUUGCAAAUACAAAGAGCUCCAAGUAUAUAUAUGAUAUUCAUAUUCUAACAAAGCUAGGUUCAACAUAUCUAAGAUGUGCAGAUAUUUUAUUCAUCACUCAUGCAAAAAAGGUAGGUGAAGUAGUGUUUUCAUACCAAGUGUUUUGUGCAAAUAUGUUACAGUGUUUUGUACUUGGUUUGAUUGUUUACUUACAAUAGCCUCUCUUAUUCCAAGGAAAGGAAGGGUACCCUAAUAUGACAAAAUAGUUUCUUUCAAGCUAGGCUGUGAUUGUAUUUGUGAGUGAAAAUGAAAGAGAAGUGAUCCUCUUC